AUGUCAGUCUCUUCUGCACAAUCAUCAUCAUCAAAGGUACUCCCUUUACUACUCAAACCCAUCACACCCUUUCGCUUAUUCACGUUUUCUUACUCUGGAUUACCCAAAACCCCUGUAGACAGAAUCACAGUAGCAUUUCAACAGGAAAACCUCAAACUCAUAGACCCUUUAUCUCUCUCUAAACUACAACCACUCCACGUCGACUCUAUUCUUUUUAAUCUUCGGCACAAGCCCAGUUCAGCAAUUAGGUUCUUUGAGUGGUCUGAGAAUAUUCUGGGGUUUAAUCACACAAUUGAAUCUUUUUGUGGUCUUGAACAUUUGUUGCUCAGUAAUAGAAUGUUCGAUCCGGCCAGACUGGUUUUUGGUAAAAUGGUGGGGAAGUUUGGGGACUAUGAUUGUUUUGGUGUGUUUGAUAAGGGGUUCAGAGUUUAUGGGUCGAAUAAGAGUACUGUGUAUAGCUUCUUGAUUGAGAAUUAUUGUCGAGUUGGGAUGAUUGAUCGGUCCGUUGAGUUGUUUUUUCGAUUGUCUAAAAUGGGUAUUUUAAUUUCACCUUAUGCAUUAUCGAAAAUGCUUUGUUCUUUGAUUGAUUCGAAGCAAAUUGAUGUUGUUUUGGAUGUGUGUGGAGAAACGAGUAAUGGGUUGAGAGAAGAACAGUGUCGGCAUUUUGAUGUGUACAGUUUCGUGAUGCAUGGUCUUUUCAAGAAGGGUGAGGCUGAAAGGGGGUUAAAGUUUCAUCGAGCAAUGAUUGAGAGAGGGUUUGUGCCUAAUAUUAUUGCUUGUAAUAAGAUUAUGAAAAACCUUUGCAAUGGUGAUUGUACAGGAGUUGCUUUUGGUUUCUUUUCGUUGAUAUUAGAGGUAGGUCCAAAUCCGAGUCUGGUGACGUUUAGCACAUUGAUUAAUGCUUAUUGCAAUGAGGGAAGAUUGGAAGAGGCAUUUGAGCUCUAUAAUAUUAUGAUAGCAAGGGGUAUAACUCCUGAUUUAGUGCUUUAUAGUAUUCUUAUUGAUGGUCUUUUCAGGGCGGGGAAGUCGAUGGAGGGGCGUCAACUACUCUCCGUGGCGAUAAAUAGUGGCAUCAAGUUGGAUGUGGUGGUUUUCAGCUCCAUUUUGGAUGCAUGUGUGAAAAUGGGGGAUUGGGAAAGAGGGCUUGAAGUGUAUAACAGAAUGUUGAAGCAAGGGAUCAUACCUAACAUGGUUACAUAUGGUAUUCUGGUGAAUGGAUUGUGUCAAAAGGGCCAGCUUCCUGAAGCUUUUGGCAUCGUUGGUCAGAUGCUGAAACAGGGUGUUGAGCCCUCUGUUUUAACAUACAGCAGCCUGAUUGAUGGCUUGUGCAAGGCAGGAAAUUUGAGAGGCGGGUAUGGUUUAUACAAGGAUAUGGUAAAGAAGGGCUAUAUUCCUGAUGUUAUAAGUCACAGUGUGCUUAUAAAUGGUCUUACUACGCAUGGACAGAUGGGUGAUGCUCUUAGAUUAUUCUACCAGGCACUGAAGAGUGGUUUAAUUCCCAGUGUAUUUAUGUUUAACACAUUAAUUGAUGGUUGGUGUAGAUUGAAACGAAUAAAGGAUGCUGUGAAAUUUUACAUCCAAAUGGUUAUGUAUGGUAUGGUACCGGAUGUAGUUACGUACACUACGCUUAUUAGAGGUAUCAGUGAGAAGGGGAAACCAUUCGAGGCAUUAGUUUUUUUCUUUCAAAUGCUUAAAAGGGGUUUCUCUCCAGAUAUAUUAACAUAUUGCACUAUCAUUGAUGGACUCUGUAAACAUAAAAAUCUGAUGGCUGGAUUACGAAUUUUUGACAUGAUGCUCCAAAAUGGAAUAGAUCCUGAUAUUGUUAUAUACAAUGUUCUCAUUAAUGCUCUUUUCAAGGAAGGUCGCUUGGAAAAUGCUUUGGAACUUUUCAGGAAAGUUUUUGAGUGUGGACCAGAACCUGAUAUUGUGACCUACAACACAGUAAUCUGUGGAUAUUGCUCUUUCAAAAUGUUGCAUGAGGCAGCUCAACUUUAUGAGGAGCUGAAAUUCAGACGGAUUGAACCCAACGCCAUUACUUUUUCUGUUCUGAUCAAUGCAUUAUGUAAAGAAGGAAAAAUGGAGGAUGCGAAGUCGUUAUUUUCGGCAAUGCUGGAAAAAGGUCCAGAACCUAAUGUGGUUACGUAUAGUUGUUUAAUUGAUGGCUACUUUAAGGCCUGUAAUAUGAGAAAUGCCUUUGAGCUUCAUGAAAAGAUGCUUGAGAAUAGUAUCUCUCCCAAUAUUGUGACUUACAGCAUCCUGAUUGAUGGUCUAUGCAAAAGGGGACUGAUGGAAGAAGCAUCUUUUACCUUUCAUCAUGCUUUAGAGAGGCAUUUGUUACCUGAUGUCAUAACGUAUGGGAUCCUCAUUCACGCAUUCUGCAAGGUUGGGAGAUUAGCAGAUGCCAUGAUGUUUUAUGACCGCAUGUUGGGAGAAGGCAUCAUGCCAGAUGCAUUUGUGCAGAGAAUACUUGCUGUAUAUCGUCUUCAGAAUAACCAGACAGAAAAACUGUGUACUCAACUGAAGCAUGUGCAGAGGACAUCUUCCCAUUCAUAG